AUGCUCAACCUCCCAACACUUCACACCUACCUCACACAGCUACUCUCACCCACCGACACCAUUCACACCGCACUACUUCUAACACCAGAGGGUGCGAUCGUCUCCUUUGCCUUGCUGCAUCUGGCACGCUCGAAGGAUGAGAUAUGGAUAUUGGCUGGGUUGAGUGCUGAGGUGUGGGCUGAGACGAGGUGUGAGGAAGGGGAUGCGAAGGGGAUGGGGAUGGCAGAGAGUGAGCUGGGACGAAUAGUCGUAGUCCCUGUGGACGAUGCUAGUCCAGAAGUACAAGAAGAAAGAGAACCACUGUUAUUACUUGCUGUAAACGGUGGUGCAGAAGCAGAUUGGAAGACUAUGUGUGCAAAAGUACGCCUUUCACAUACUCAU